AUGGCCUUCAAAGAGCAAUUGGAACUUGCUACCAGCCCAGGGCCGACCCAGAUCCCUGGUGCAGUUGUCAUUGCUGCAGACCGAUCUGGUAACAUUAUCGACUUUCAGGCUAUCGGCGUUACGUCCGUUGACCCUGACAUCGCAAAACCCAUGACCGAAGAUACGACCUUUUGGAUUGCAUCAUGUACCAAGCUCAUCACCUCAAUCGCUGCACUACAAUGUGUAGAAAGAGGACAACUGACUCUUGAUGAUGAUGUCUCGACUAUUCUGCAUCAACUCAAGACUCCAGACAUUCUAGUCGGCUUCGAUGAACAGACCGGUCAGCCCAUCUUGAAAAAGGCACAGGAGCAUAUUACGCUCAGACAACUCCUGACCCAUUCGUCUGGCAACGUGAUUGAGUUGUUCUCUGCGGAAGUCAAGAAGUGGCGCGAAUGGGCAAAGCCUACAUACGACGAAGAUGAAGGUGAGGUGGAUGGUCGAGAAGGUCAAUGGGGCGUUCGCCUCGGCGAGUAUAUGAAAAGGUAUAUAUUCGGCCCUCUCGACAUGACAUCCACUGGUUUCCGGCCUUCAGAGAACGAGAAAAUUCGCAACAAUCUUAGUGCGACCACUGUCCGAACACCAAAAGGCGGAUUGAGGGCAGGAAAACCAUUCCUUACAGGAACCCCAAAGGAUGACCUCGGCGGGGGAGGCCUAUACAGCUCUGCCACUGACUAUAUCAAAGUGUUGAUCUCUAUCCUGAAAAAUGACGAGAAGUUGCUGAAGCGCGAAACAGUGGACCUGAUGUUCACACCACAAUUGCCAGAUCCAAAAUACUUAGAGGCCGUGGUAAAUGAUCAAAGAACAGGCGUCUUCUAUCGCUCUGGGGUAGAUGGUCAGCGCUGGAACUAUGGCCUCGGGGGCCUUCUCAAUAUGGAAGAUGCUGAAGGAGUUUGUAAGAAGGGAACUAUGUCUUGGGGAGGCCUACCAAAUCUCUUCUGGUGGAUAGAUCCUGCGAGUGGAACAUGUGGAAUGUAUGCCUCUCAAUUACUUCCACCCGGCGAUGCAAUCUCAAGACAACUUGCUGUUGAUUUUCGAAGGAGUAUUGUAAAGGGUUCAUAUUAA